AUGCCGGCACAAGGCAGUGAUAGGCGCCCGGUUCACGACUCGUACGGAGAUUCUCUAGGGGGUGGGGGGCCCACCCAGGGGCCAGCCUCAGCAGGUGCGUGGCACUUGGCAUCCGCGUUUAAUCGGGGAGCUCAAGGAGUGCCUUCUCACAACGAGCAGUGGGCCCUUCCGGGGGCCUCUCCAUGGGGCCCUGCUGGAGAUCCGGGUACUCUGCGAUGGAGGGGGGGGGGAGGCAACCAGAGGCCCCCGGGGCCCCUCGGGGGUGGCCACAUUGGCAUUGAACGGGACGGUGGAUAUUACGCAGAGACUGUCAAUCACAUGAUUGAGGAGUGUACAGAUGCAGCGGAAGGCGGUCUGCCAAGAGGCGGGAAAGGGCCUGAGUCAGACCCUUUAGGCCUGCUGCAAGAGGACAAGGAAAUGCUCUUGAAGCGAGGAAUAGCGGGAGGCUCAGGAACCCCUGGAGUCGCAGGCGAGGGUGUAAGCAACCUAGAAGUGUACCGUGUCUCGGCUGGCCAUGAGCAAGCAGCGCCGGGUGCUGCUGCAGCGCAGACGGCCGACGCAUCAGAGAGGCUUCAUUGGGCCCUCGGAGAGAAGGGCCCCUUCGCCUUUACCGAUGUCCACCCUAUUCCUUCAAUCGAAAUCAGAAGGCACGUCAUUCUUGUGUGCCUGCCCCCCAUCACAUGCUUUGUCUUGAAGGACACCGUCUACCUCCUCGUGACAGAGGACCUUAGGGCUGAUGAGCUCAUAUACCAGCUUUGCAGGCUGAGCCGUUACUACGCCUUCAUCGCUCAAUACGCUGUCUCUGCCGCCGUUACUGGCUUCGAAGGAGCAGCACCUCGUCUUCAAGCCAACACAAACAGUGUGCCUGAAGAGUCGAAAAAUCCACAGCCCGUGCAGGCGCAGGCAACGCAAACUCCUGAAGGUGCCUUUGAAGGGAUAUCAUCAGCGCACCCUCAACAGCCCCCUAAAGUGCCUCCACCGCCUUUAAGAGGGCCCCCAGGAGGCACAUCCGGUGGUCAUCGACAAAGUGGAGGGGACACCUCGGGCGAUGGUAGGGGCCCCCUGCCUGGGGGAGACUGGGAGGGCAAGGGCGAAGGUGCACAGCCUUUAAUUGCGCGGUCGUGUUGCUCUGUGGGCAGCAACAGCGGCCAGAGUCACAAGUUGCCUUUCGAGUUCGCUGCUCUUGAAUGCAUCUUCUUCGCUGCUUUCCAGCAGCUAAAUGCCGAUAUUCUUUAUCUCGAGAGCAAGUUCAGCGAGGCGCAGCAUAGGACGCGGACCAAGGGGGAACUUCUGUCUCUUUUAAUGGAGGAUCUGCACGCUCUCAAGGAGCCUAUCUCUCUCUAUCAGGACCGGGUGGAUGCCUUCGACAAAGCCUUUGACGAACUUAUAAGCAACAACACAUACCUGCAGAGAAUGGAACUCUCCAAAUAUGCUCGGCACCCCCAUCUCUACGAAGAGCCCACUGAAAAGGAAUCCGUUAAUCCGGAUCUCGAGAUUCUUCUGGAGUAUUUCGACCAGGAAAUUGACCAGUUCAAAAUCCGCGUGCGUCAUCUGAAGGGGUCCAUAGAGGACAGCGAGCGACUUCUGACGCUGCGGCUGGCGGUUAUGCGCAACUCUCUGAUAAAAUCUGAGCUGGCAGCUACUCUGCUUGCUGCCGGCCUCGCUGUUGGCACCUCCAUCUCAGGUAUCUUUGGGAUGAACUUGCAGAAUGGAAAUGAAGAGGGGGCGCAGAGCCACAACAUUUUUGUACUUGUAUCCUCUGUAAUUGCCUUUUCUGCCGUCCUUUCGCUCCUUGCCGUCCUCUACCUCGUGAAAACAAUCAGACUUUAA